AUGAAGUCCCUGGCGCUGCUUCUCCUGCUCGCUGUGGGUGCAGCCAGCAAUGCUGUCUCACCCCGGGCUGUGUGGGAGCUUCGCAGCAUGAUCAAAUGCACCAUCCCCGACAGCCAUCCUCUGCUGCAAUUUGGAGACUACGGCUGCUACUGCGGCCUGGGAGGCCACGGGACUCCAGUGGAUGAGCUUGACAGGUGCUGUCAAGCGCAUGAUAAGUGCUAUGAGGAGGCAAAGAAACUAGAAUCAUGCAAGUUCCUCUGGGACAGCCCCUACACAGAGCGGUACCGCUUCACCUGCUCCAACGAGGAGAUUACGUGUGACAGUACGUCCCCUUCGUGUCACUCCACUUCCCACAUUACCCCAGUCUCUUCUGAAGGA